GGAGGGUAGGCUAGAAGAUUUUAAUUAGGUCAAUGGUUUUGGGGAGGGGAAAAGGAGUGGUAGUCGAUUUUAGGGUUAGGGAUGGUGGCUCGGGUGGGGCUUCAAAGAGGGGAAAAAGGGGAGAGAUCUCCGGUUUUAAUGAAAAGGAAAGGGAGAGGUCGCUAAUUUUGGGGGUGGUGGCAAACUAGUAGGGCUGGUUUUGGCGACAGGGUAGGAUGGAGUAGGGGGUGCCGACGGCGGGGGGUUGGGCUGCCAACGGUGGCGAUUAGGUUUGCCAAUGGUGGCGGUGGUGGCUAGGUUAGGGUUAGUUUAGGGUUUUUUUUCACGUUUUCUUUUUUAUCCAAUAUAUUGGUGACACGUGUACUUGGUGGGCCUCAUUAACGGAUUCCAUUCAAGAAUUCAUUAUGUGGUGGUUAUCCAUUUUUUAAAUUUUUUUGGUGUUAUGAUAAAAGUUUUGUUUUUUGUGCUCUAAGCUCGGAAUUCGACAUCUGAGUAUGAAAUAUCUUUAUCGACAUAUUAAAGCCUUCGACUUAAUCCUUUGACUUAAUACGUCGCCUUAGUUUGGUGCACGAUUGCGUGUGACUCAUUCGGUUCAGUCAAAUGAAAGCUGUGAGAUUAAUUAUAUUAAUUUCAUUGAUCGGAGAUGGCCUCUAGCCUGACUUUCUGAUUACUUUACUUCACUGAAUAAUAAGAUCCGUAAUUAAUUCUGAACCAUUUAUAGGAAUAAUACACUUAUUCGAAGGACAUCAUUCCUUUCAAUCUCCCACUUGUCUAGUGUACAGUAUGUGUAUUGCCCUUAUAAUCCAAUUGUGCUUAUUUGUGAUGUUAUAAGUCAAAAUUUCCAAUUUUAAAUGUAUUUUUUUUUCAUUUGAUUUCUGGUUUAUAUGAUUAUUAAUUAUGCGUAUACAUCUUUGUGAUCAAAGAAUGGCCAAAGGUGAUGACAGGGUUGGCUAGGUUAAUGAGGUUGUUCAGGUGAAGAUUGCAUUGGUUGGUGAAAGCAUGGAGGUUGUUGUUGUUACGUGAGUUUUAGGGGGGCAAUAGUGAGGUAGUGUCGUUUGGCGGGGUGCAUUUUGCCUGAUCAUAGUGACGGACUUAGUAAUUGGGUGCCUAUUGACACGAGCCCCACCAAAAAUAUUUUAGUUUCCUAUGUGUAGUUUAUAAUUUAGUUAUAUUGAUGAUAUCAAAGGCUAGUCUGCACAAUUAAUCAUGUAAUCGAAGUUUGAAUAAAAUUACUCCGUACUUUUUAGUCAGGGUGCAUCAACUUAGGUCUGGUUAUUUUUUGACACCUUUAACCUCUAAUGGAGUUGUCAUGUUGCAUGUCUAGUUUGAAUCAAAUCAUUUACGGAGUCAAGCACCAUAUACUUGCCAUGUCUAUCAUUUCACUAUAGUCACAAUUUUUUCCCUAAAAUAUUUGUGUGAAAGGAGGUCAGCCGCGUAGGUUGAAUUCUCCACUGGUAAUAUCAAGGUUCUACAAUUACAACAGCUCUGCCAAAUCACAGUCCUGUCGUACCAUUCCUACACCAAACAGAAACUCCCACCUUAUUUAAAAUUGGUAAAAAAAAAAAUUAAAUAAUGUACUUGUAGUAAUUAAAUGGUAUUGGUACCCUAAGCAUCAUUUAUAAAAACCUCUAUAAAAGUCAAACCAAAAAUCUCUUUUAUCUUUACCAUCACAUCCUCUCAUCUUACGUACACACACAGCAUAAAUACUCUCAACCACCCUUUUUCCUUCACUAAUAUUACUACUCCAAAUUUCACAAAUAAACUUUGUUUAUUUUCUCUCUCUACAUUUCUGCACCCUUCUUCUACACACUUUCUCAACCCCAAAUUCACAAAUUAAACAUACAAAUUCAUGAAUAGUUAAUAACCGAUCAUUGUUACCUAAACACAUGUUCACCCAAACUUGUAGAUUACAAUCAAGAUGCUAGAAGACUUCGCAAAAUCAAACUAUUUCUCAGACGAUCCUGAAUCAAAGAGCAAUAGUAGUUCAUACUCAAUGACAGGUAGCGAUUUUAUACACCCAUCACCUGAAAAUUUUUCCCUUUUAAAACCACAUCGUUCAUCUGACUCCACCUUCGAAGCUAUCGUCUCGGCUUCUACCGCAGCCAACAACCGUCCUUUAACCUUUAACGACUUCAAACUCAUUCGCAAAGUCGGUGCCGGGGAUAUAAGCACCGUGUACUUGUGCCAACUUCGGUCCGAUAAAUCGUGCCAAUAUGCAAUGAAGGUGGUGGAUCGAGAGAUGCUCGCAAUGAAGAAUAAAACACAAAGAGCAGAGAUGGAAAAGAAAAUACUCAAAUUGCUUGAUCAUCCAUUUUUGCCUACGUUAUACGCUCAGUUUGACGCUUCUCAUUUUUCUUGCAUUGUUAUGGAGUAUUGCUCUGGUGGUGACUUGCACUCGCUCCGUCAUAGCCUCCCUUACCACCGUUUUCCUCUCUCUUCCGCAAGGUUUUACGCAGCAGAAGUAUUGGUAGCGUUGGAAUAUCUCCACAUGCUUGGAAUCAUUUACAGAGACUUGAAACCCGAGAACGUUUUAGUGAGAUCAGACGGUCACAUCAUGCUCUCUGAUUUCGACCUCUCUUUAUGCUCUGAUUCCAUCCCAGCCGUCCAAUCCCCUCAUUUUUCAUCCCCAACACACCAUCCAACGGCUCACAACACCUCCUCUUCUCCACCCAACAAUUCCCACAAAAAAACCUCAUGUACUUCAAAUUCAACUAACACUCCGUUAUUCUCAUGCAUCCCUUACAACCGGCUAUUCCGGUCAAAGAAAAUCCAAACCUUAAGCGGUAACCGGCUCUUCGUAGCGGAGCCGGUUACCGCUAGGUCUUGCUCCUUCGUUGGGACCCACGAGUACAUCGCUCCAGAAGUCGCUUCCGGUAACUCUCACGGUAACGCCGUUGAUUGGUGGGCAUUUGGGAUAUUUUUGUACGAGAUGAUUUAUGGACGGACCCCGUUUGCAGGACCGUCGAACGCAGCUACACUGCGUAACAUACUGAAAAAGCCUUUGGUAUUUCCAACACAAUCUCCUACUUCCACGGCAGAGUCUCACGCACGUGACCUCAUAUCCGAGUUGCUGAAAAAAGAGCCGACGAGUCGACUCGGGUCGAGUCGUGGAGCUGCUGACGUCAAGACCCACCCGUUUUUCAAAGAAUUGAAUUUCGCGCUUGUGAGGUCGUUGACACCGCCUGCAGUCCCGGGAUUCCGACAACAAUGCCCGUCAGGUGCGACGUCGUUUAAGGGUAGAAAGGAAUCAACGGCGUUUGAUUAUUUUUGAUGGAAAGGUUUUUAAAUGGUUGAGAUUAACUCCACGUGGCUUGUCGGUCCCGUUAUAUGUGGGGACAGUGACAGUGUGGUGGGGACAGUUGUAUAUUCGAGCUGUCUAAUUUAAUAGAGGAGAGAGAGAAAGAUUUUUUUUAUAAAUAUUUUUUUAUUUAUUUUCGGGGAACUAAAUAAUUAGGUGUAGGGGUUAUCAGGUUAUGUAGGAGUGAUUCAGAAAAAUACGUCACGUCUCACGUAACGUGGGUAAAAUUAAAUUUAAGUAGAAUAUUAGAUCAUCUAAUUUGUAAGACUCAAUUUUGAAUAUUAAAAUAUAAAAUAAGUUGUUUUUUUACCUUUAAUGAUGAUACCCAAUUCACUUCUCAAUUUAACAAUCCAUGUGAAGUGUAAUUUGUGAGACUUUCUAAAGUAUCUUAAUAUCACUUUUAAUUUAUGGCCCAC